GGACAAUUCCAGAAUUUCACCCUUCUGGCCAAAGGAUCAUCGACUGGAACUCGCUCAGUUGCGGAAAAGCAUUACAAGAAGCCAAAAAAGAGAUCAUGGCACAGACUGCUGCUGAGUGGAAAGCCAAGGGCAAUGCGGCGCUGAGCGCUGGCAACCCCAAGGAAGCUGUGGACUGCUACUCGCAGGCCAUCGCGCUGGACCCGAACGACCACGUCUUCUACUCGAACCGAUCGGCCGCGUAUCUGUCGCUUGACGACGCUACUCACGCUCUCGAGGAUGCUGAGCUCUGCAUUAAGACGAAGCCCGACUGGCCCAAGGCCUACAGUCGCAAGGGGGCGGCGCUGCACGCGCUCAAGCGCUAUGACGAGGCCACAGCCGCCUACAAUGACGGCCUUAAGGUGGACGCCAGCAACGCUGCGUGUCUUAGCGGCAUCGAGGAGGUCAAGAAGGCGCAGGCGGCGGCCGCCCAGUCUUUUAACCCGUUGGCAAACGCCUUUGGACCCGAUAUGUUCGGCAAGAUCGCGACCAACCCGCGUCUGGCGCCGAUGCUGGGCGACCCGGAGUUCGUGAAGGUGUUGCAAGAGAUCCAGCGUGAUCCGUCCAAGAUUAACGAGCACAUUAAGGACACGCGCGUUAUGACGGUACUGGGCGAACUUAUGGGACUCAACAUCAACAUGGAUGGCGCUGAGGACGAGGAGAUGCCUGCGGCCACGCCUGCACCGAAGAAAGCCGAGCCUACGCCUGCCCCGGAGCCUACGCCGAUGGAGGAGGAUCUGACUGAGGAAGAGAAGGCUGAGCGUGCUGCGAAGAAGGCCGCGGAUGAAGCCAAACAACGCGGUAACGCCUUCUACAAGCAGAAGAAGUUCUCGGAGGCUAUCGAGUGUUACAAUGAGGCCAUCGAGAAGGACGCCACCAACAUGUCGUACUACAGCAACUUGGCUGCGGUGAAGCUCGAGAUGGGCCAGUACGACGCUUGCAUCGAAGACUGCAAGUAUGUUUUUUUUUACUGUUUCUUUCAAACUUUGGAUACUGAUUUUUUUUUAUUUUUUUUUUUAGGAAAGCCAUUGAAGUCGGACGCGCCAACCGCGCGGACUACGCGCUGAUUGCCAAGGCCUACGUGCGUAUUGGCAAUGCUCACUUGAAGAAGGGCGAGACGGAAGAGAACCUGACGGCCGCCAUCGACGCGUACGAAGGCGCACAGAUGGAGAACCGCACGAAGGACGUGGAGCGCAAGAUCAAGGCGCUGCAGGUGAAGCUGCGUAAGGCCAAGGAACUCGCAUACAUUGACCCGGAGAAGGCUCUGGCGGCCAAGAACGAGGGCAACGAGUUCUUCAAGAACGGCGAGUUCCCCAAGGCUGUCGAGCGCUACACGGAAGCCAUCAAACGCGACCCGUCCUGUGCUGUGUACUACGCUAACCGUGCUGCUGCGUACACGAAGCUGACGUCGUUCAACGAGGCCAAGAAGGACUGUGAGAAGGCCAUUGAGCUCGACCCCAAGUACGUCAAGGCAUACUCUCGCAUGGGUGCUAUCCAGUGCUUCAUGAAGGAGUUCCACAAGGCCCGUGAGAGCUAUGAGAAGGGUCUGGCACUUGACCCGAACCACCAGGAGUGCAUCGACGGACUGCGGAAUGUCAUGUACAAGAUCCAGAGCGGCGAGACCGACGAGGAGCGUGCUCGUCACGGCAUGGCUGACCCCGAAAUCCAGGCUAUCUUGCGCGACCCGGUGAUGCAGAACGUGCUGAACGAUUUCCAGACGGACCCGAUGGGCGCUCAGCGUCACCUGCAGAACCCGGGUAUCAUGGCCAAGAUCGAGAAGUUGAUUGCCGCCGGUGUCCUGCAGACUAAGUAAGCGUGGAUGAAGUUGCUGUUAGUCUUCGAUCGAUGUGCUGGUUCGGGGAAACUGGCGAAGUAGACUUGGGCGAAGCGUUAGUUUGUCAACCACAUUGUCAUUCAGUAAUGCAACACAAAAGGUGAAUUUCCAA